CAAUGGAACGCUAACGUGGUUUGGUUAAAUUUGUUUAAAAAAACACUCGGAAAUCAUGUAUUCAAAUAAAAUCCGGCACUUUUUCCACAUUGUGUUUCUAAUUUUUGGGAAGAGCUCAAGCGCAGAAGGAAAGAGUGAAGAGUUUUAUGCCGAGUUUGCUUUGGCGGAAAGGAUUGUGGCCUGUCCCCCGUGGGAGGACGGCGUACCCACGUAUCAUCCGUAUCCUUAUGAUUGCCGUAAGUUUAUCGAGUGCACGAAUGGAUACGCGAUUGAGCACAGUUGCCCCCCUUUGACCGUGUGGGAUCAGGAUUUGCUCACCUGCAAUCACGAGGCUUCCACGCCCUGCGUAAUUGUGACGACGGAAGGCCCACCGGAAUUGACAUCUCCGGAAACCGAGGAAACGACUACAAUGACACCACCCGUACCAGGGCCAAUUGAGGGUGGAGGGAUUUAUACAAUCGUUUAUCCACCAGAAGGGAUGGCCUUCAGGGUCCGUAAACCUAAUAUUUUCAACGGAAUGAAUAUCGAUGGCAUGCCGCAUGUUCCAGAUUGUUCUGAUUUAUAUCAAGUCUGGAAAUUGGAGUAUAACUCUACUACUGGAUUCUACAUGAUUCGCUCCGCCCUUGAGACUGGAAGUAAUCAAUGGACACUCAGAUUAUCCGCGAUUGCCAACAGGCCAAGAAUUUAUCAAUACCCGGGCGAACCUUGGGCGAGCUCGAUUUGGAAAUUGGAUGCGGUACCGGGAACCGAGUUGUACACAAUUUACCAACCCAAUCCCCAUCUAGGGGGCAACGUUCGAUAUACCGGAGUGGUCAACGAUCUCGGAAUAAAUCUGGACCUUGUGGCGGCUAACAGUACGGUGUCCGAGCAACGAUGGGGAUUUGUGAGGUGCCCGGUCUAAAAGGAUAUAUGCAAAUAAUCGGGAAUAAAUAUGUAACGUGGACACUAAUUGACUCAUGCCUUAAUAAUUCUUAAAUGUUACAAAAACUGUCCUAAUUCCAAAAUAU